AUGCCGACCGCCAUAAAUGCAGCGGUGGCUCAGCGAACAGCUGCUGGGUCAGUCCCCAGCACCACUGCUGGCACUACGGAGGGGGCAGGAGGGGGCACAGGGGGCAUUUAUUCUGCCAUUAUAAGUCGCAAUCAGCCUAUUAUCCACGUAAAGGAGAAGACAUAUGAAGAGCUUCACAAGAAGUGUCUGGAGAAAAACAUCCUCUAUGAAGAUCCUGAUUUCCCUGCAAAUGAGUCGUCCCUUUUCUACAGCCAGAAAAGCCCUGUCAAGUUCGAAUGGAAAAGACCACGUGAAAUCUGUGAGAAUCCACGGUUUAUCAUUGGUGGAGCCAACAGAACAGAUAUCUGCCAAGGAGAAUUAGGUAACUGCUGGUUUCUGGCUGCCAUUGCUUGCCUGACACUGAAUAAAAAACUACUCUGUAGAGUCAUUCCUCAUGACCAGUCCUUUAUACAAAACUAUGCCGGUAUCUUUCACUUCCAGUUCUGGCGCUAUGGAGACUGGGUGGAUGUCGUCAUCGAUGACUGCUUACCCACCUACAACAACCAGCUGGUCUUUACCAAGUCCUCCCAGCGCAACGAGUUCUGGAGCGCCCUCCUGGAAAAGGCCUAUGCAAAACUCCAUGGGUCAUAUGAAGCUUUGAAGGGAGGCAACACCACUGAAGCCAUGGAGGAUUUCACCGGAGGAGUCACAGAGUUCUAUGAGAUAAAGGAUGCCCCUAAAGAUAUCUAUAAAAUCAUGAAACAUGCCAUUGACAGAGGAUCCCUCAUGGCCAGUUCCAUUGAUGAUGACCUAGGCUUUUGCUAUGGAUCAGCUCCUCGGAGCAACAUUGGGGAACUGAUUGCUCGCAUGGUGAAGAAUCAAGAAAAUGCACAGAUGACUCAGUCCACUGUAGACUACCAGGGCAUCGAGGAGAGGCCAGCCUGGACCAUAAUGCCGAUGCAGUACGAGACACGGAUGUCCUGCGGGCUUGUCAAAGGGCACGCCUACUCUGUGACGGCCGUGGAAGAGACAGUAUUUAAAGGAGAAAAAAUACGUCUGGUAAGGCUGAGAAACCCCUGGGGCCAGGUGGAAUGGAAUGGAGCCUGGAGUGACAAGUCAGAGGAGUGGGACUCUGUUAACGAAGAAGAGAAAAUCCGCCUGCAGCACAAGGUUGUGGAGGAUGGGGAGUUCUGGAUAUCAUUUCAAGAUUUCAUGAGGCACUUCACAAAGCUUGAGAUCUGUAACCUCACACCUGAUGCUCUGGAAGUCGAUAAAUUCCAGACCUGGACCGUGUCAGUUAAUGAAGGACGCUGGGUGAGAGGCUGCUCAGCUGGAGGCUGCCGCAAUUAUCCAGAUACAUUUUGGACCAAUCCCCAGUAUCGCUUGAAGCUCCUGGAGGAAGAUGAUGAUCCUGAGGAUGAAGAGGUUAUCUGCAGCUUCCUUGUCGCACUCAUGCAGAAAAACAGGAGGAAAGAGCGCAAGCUGGGAGCCAACCUGUACACCAUUGGCUUUGCCAUCUAUGAGGUGCCCAAAGAGAUGCAUGGUACUAAGCACCACUUGCAGAAGGAUUUUUUCCUCUACAAUGCCUCCAAAGCUAGAAGUAAGACCUACAUAAACAUGCGAGAAAUCUCUGAGCGCUUCCGGUUACCUCCCAGCGAGUACGUCAUCAUCCCGUCGACAUAUGACCCCCACCAGGAGGGAGAAUUCAUCCUCAGGGUCUUCUCAGAGAAAAGAAGUCUUUCAGAGGAGGUUGAAAACAUGAUUGAGGCAGAACGUCCAUUGGUAAGUACUAAGAAAAAGGGCAAGCCUAUCAUCUUCGUUUCUGACAGAGCAAACAGCAAUAAGGAGCUGACAGCAGAUGAAAAUUCUGGCAAAGAUGGUGAAAAAACCCAAGCAGAUGAGAAAAAGCGUUCUUCAACAAAAGCUCAUGAGGAGAGUGAAGAGCAAAAACAGUUCAGGAAUAUUUUCCGACAGAUUGCAGGGGAUGACAUGGAGAUCAAUGCUGAGGAACUUAGGAAUGUUCUCAAUAAUGUCGUAAAAAAACAUAAGGACCUAAGGUCAGAAGGGUUUGAAUUGGAAUCCUGCCGCAGCAUGAUUGCUUUAAUGGAUACGGAUGGCUCAGGGAAGAUAAACUUUGAUGAAUUUCGACAUCUCUGGGACAAGAUUAAAAGCUGGCAGAAAAUUUUCAAGCGCUAUGACACAGAUCAUUCAGGAACCAUUAACAGCUACGAGAUGCGCAACGCAGUCAAUGAUGCAGGGUUUCGGCUGAACAACCAGCUCUACGACAUCAUCACCAUGCGCUAUGCCGACAAGAACAUGAACAUUGAUUUUGACAGCUUCAUCUGCUGCUUCGUGCGCCUGGACGCCAUGUUCCGGGCAUUCCACGCCUUUGACAAAGAUGGAGAUGGCAUCAUUAAGCUCAAUGUCUUGGAGUGGCUGCAGCUCACGCUCUAUGCGUAACGCCAGAGCCAGUGGCCACCUCCAUCAAGAUCACACUGAAGAUUCCAAGGACUAGCACCAUUCAUCCCAAGGGCAAUUCCUAAUAAUGUCAUUCACUCCUCAAGAUGAACAGCACAUGGGAAGAAGCCCUUGGAAAGAGACAACCACACUGUAGUGGACAGCCCAGUACGCAUAUUUCGAAACUACUUUUAUAGCAUCCUGACAUUUUUCCUUUGGGCAACAAGGAUUAAUUUAUUGAUGACUGAAUUAAGCUUUCUCUGCAUGGUGAAGACAUGGAGAAUACAAAAUUGUUCUGCUUGUGCUGACAACUGGAAAGGUCUUCCCUCAAGUGAGGUGAAACUGGGACUGUAUCUAACUGUGAAAGUCAAAGGUGUUUACUGCCACCUUGUAAUUGGUCAUUAACUCUUUGUCCUGCUCUUGGUAUUAUCCUUUCAUCUCUUUGUAAUGUUUACUGAAUAAUUCACAUGAGAUUGUGCUAAUUGCAUUAAUAUUAUGCAACCCAAUGACUCAAGUUACAGAUUUGGCUGUGCAGGUUGGAUCUCUGCUAUGUAGAAAUGGGAGAGUACGGCACAACAGACUGCAAUACCCAAGUACAGCUUGAUCUAAUGCCUCAGCAGAAGUACCAGAACUGAGCAAUUGGCUCUCAGUAUUAGUACUUAUCCUGAUUACAAAUGUGGACAUUGUAAAUGUUUUUCAUUGUAACUGCAUUCCCCAUAAUAUUGAGAAACUUAUUUGUCAUUUGAGGCAGACAACCUCUUAUACAUACAAAUUUAUAUAUCUACACACAAAUAUUUCCACUACUGCACGUCCUAGUUCCCAACAGUAGCAUGGAUUUCUUUAUUGCAAGAGGUGACUUGUAGGAGAAUCUAUGUCAGCAUGACCACUUUAGGAAUACUAUUCCA